AUGGUUGAAGUUGCAAGCCAAAAUGGAACCGGAAACAAUCAAGUGGCCGUACAAGUCUACGACCGUGACUCCAAGUCACUCAAGGCGCUUUUUGGGAGAUUCAAAAAUGCGAAGUCACCUACAGGUACUCCAAGUAGGGGACCUUUGAGUGUAAAGGCAAGGGAGAUCGAAGAGCUGAUCAAGCUUAAAACGGCCGAAGCUGAGCUAGGAGGAAUUGAUGAUGAGUUCGAAGAUGGUGAUGUGGAGGCAGAGACUGUGGUCACGGCAGUGGGGGGAGGAAACAACUUUCCAACAAUCGAAGAGCAGGCUGUGGAGAAUGCAGCUGCUGACGAUCAACACGCUUCCUCUCCUCGUUCGGUCUCUCGUACGACACCCAUAUUAAGAAAGACGAGGGCCGCGCAGGCAAGUAAUCUGCAAGAUUUCACGGACACUUUUGCUCAUUACAUGUCUGCGGCCAUCAAGACCAUGGAAGGUCCGAGCUCAGAAGACUCUCCUGGUGCCGGUGGUAAUGACGUCUAUGGAAGUCGCCUGACAUCGUUGGAGAGCAGCUUGGAGCUGAUGAGCAGCCAGGUGAAUGAUAUGAGGGGACUUCUUGGUCAAAUACUUGCGAAGGCAGGAUAUUAUAGCCAAAUGGGAUUUGUAGUUACUAGCAAAGCAGUCAUCUUCAGGUUUUCCCAUGAAGCUUACAAAGGGUCCAGUGCACCGAAAACAGAUGGUUUAAGUUACCAACAAUAUCUUACAACCGUCAUCGUCCCUGAAAUUGCUUGUUGGAUUAUCGCUGAAGACCAAGGUGUGAAAUAUGAAGAUGCAAUUCUAAUUAUGAAACAAACCCAUAAAGUUGGCGAACCCUACAUCCUUUUGACUUCGAAGCCGAUUUUUUGGAAGACUAAAAAUCAAAACAAUUUAAAUUAUAUAUUAUAG